AUGAACUUCCAUCCUGAUAGUGUCGUAUUCGUGACUGGUGCAGGAGGCACCGUCGGUCGUGCCACGAUCCUUCAGUUCGCUCGCGACGGCGUCUCGAAGAUUGCUGGACUAGAUAUCAUGCCCGAGGGAAUCGCCGAAUCUGAGAAACUCUUGAAACUGGAGUUUCCCAAUGUCAAGUUUCUACCAAUUAUUGCCGACUUGACUCAGAUUUCUCAGGUUCAAAAUGCCAUAGAGCUCACGGUCAAGGAGUUUGGGCGUCUUGAUCAUGCUGUCAAUAAUGCCGGUAUUGGCCAGACUCUUUUACCAACUGCAGAAACUUCCCCGGAUGAGUUUGAAAAGGUCAUGAAUGUUAAUGUGAAAGGUGUUUGGCAUUGUGAGAAAUUCGAACUGGAGCAGAUGUUGAAGCAGGAUCCAUUGCCGACCAGUGUACCGGGUCGUACCCCAGCAAGGGGUACUAUUGUUAAUGUUGACUCAACCUUGGGGCUCCUGGCCAUCCCUAAUCUGGCAAUCUAUACAAUGUCCAAGCAUGCUGUUCUGGGUCUUACAAGAACCGAUGCACUGGACUAUGCCACGAAAGGCAUUCGAAUCAACUCCAUUUGCCCAGGGUUUAUCGACACACCAUUACUGACGGAGGAGAAAAGAAAAGGGCUUGCCCCUUCAAUCGCCAAGACGCCCAUGGGAAGACUCGCCACCCCCCAAGAGGUCGGUGAUGGAAUCGUCUUCCUUUCAAGUGAGAGAUCAAGUUACAUGACAGGCGCCGAGCUUAAGGUUGAUGGUGGAUAUUGCAUCCAUUGA